AUGUUUCAGAAGCAAGGUCGUUCUUCAAUCGACCACUCAUCUUCCGCAUCAUUUCAGGUUCUAUCGGAUCUUCACCUGGAGAUCAGUCAGCUAUACUCUUCUUACGAAAUCCCAGUUUGUGCUGACCACUUGAUCCUCGCGGGUGAUAUUGGGCGCUUAAUCGACUACGAAGGAUAUCGUGACUUCCUACAAAAACAGACCGACCAAUUCAAACCUGUGACUCUUGUCCUAGGAAACCAUGAGUUCUACGAAGGGACUCUAGAAGAAGGGUUGGAAAAGGCGAAACGACUGGAACAAGAACCUUGCUUAAAAGGGCGAUUGAUUCUUCUCCAUCAGAAACGAUACGAUUUACCAGACUCCCAAGUCACAAUUCUUGGCUGUACUCUUUGGUCGAACAUACCUGCUGAAGUGGCGGAUAUUGUUCAGUAUAAAAUUAGCGACUUUCAAAAAAAUCAAAGGCUGAGGAAAAUGGAAAGGCAGAAGAUAAGAAUCAAAAAACGAUCCAUUCUUGUUGUGACACACCAUGCUCCUUUAAUGCGAAAGACAUCGAGUCCGCAACAUGCUCACAACCCCUGGACUGCUGCCUUUGGCACUGAUAUCAUACCGCAAAUAUCACAUCUGAUUAGGACCUGGGUAUUUGGACACACCCACUUCACAACUGAUUUCAAGGAAGGGGGUGUGAGAGUUGUGAGCAACCAACGAGGCUAUGUACUUCCUUGGAGCGAUCCGAAGACGCAGGACAAAUUCGAUGUGAGGAAGGUCAUAAAUGUAUAA